AUGCCGCCGAAACGCUCUGGCGCGCCACGCAAAGUGGCUGCCAGCAGCUCCCGGGCGAAAAAACGCGCCAAUGAAGGCCCUCCUGAAGGAGUAAAUCCUAACCAAGACCAAAAUGGCGGCCGAGCAAAGCGGCAGAAAGUUGGCCCCAAGGAGCCCAACACUAACAACAAUGGUGGCCGAGCAAAGCGGCAGACACAAGCCUCAAAAAAAUCUGAUGAUCCUGAGGAUCCUGACGAUUUUGAGGAUUCUGAAAAUGACGAAUAUUAUGAGGAUGACGAGGAUACUGGUUCCGAUCCCAGUAAUGGGUUGGAUCAAAGCUUACCUCCAGUUUCGAAUGUCUACGCUGCUUUUCAAGACAUUGCACGCCGAUCGCAUGACUUGCUCAAUGAUAAUAGCCGAAUUCAUCUUCGGGUCGCAACCAUGUGUUCUGGCACGGACGCUCCGAUAUUUGCGUUAAAGAUGCUUGAAGAAUCAUUUGAUCGAAUGCAACUCGGAAGACAGUUCUUGAAGUUUUCUCAUAUCUUCAGCGCUGAAAUCGACCCGGUCAAACAGGCAUAUAUAGCGCGCAACACAGAAGGAGCUAUCAUAUUCAAAGAUGUUCGAGAUUUCAUCGAACCUAAAGACCUCAAAGCGCCUACUGCAAUGGGUGCAAUGGAAAAGAUCCCCGGGGACAUCGAUCUUCUUGUUGCCGGUUGUUCUUGUCUGGACUUUUCCACGCUCAACUCACAGAAGCGUAAGGACUAUUCCGAAGAUGUCAUUACGACUGGGAAGAAGUUAAUGGAUUACAUCGAGAAAAAUGGUGAAGGAAAUGGCUACGACGAAUCGCAUUUUGAAGUGGUCAAUGAUGGAUUCAACCGCCUUCUCAUGAACAUAAACAACAUGGGUACUUCGGGUCAGACAUUCUUUUCGAUGCUGAAGUAUGUUAAGGAUCGACGACCUAAGGUUGUUAUCCUAGAGAAUGUCAUGGGAGCUCCCUGGAAGAACACCGCAGACAUAUGGUUCCCUUUUGUCGGAUAUAAAGCCGCCUUCGUUAAGGCAGACACCAAAAACUUCUAUAUCCCUCAAACUCGUAACCGCGGCUAUCUUGUUGCUGUUGAUAGGGGCGUUUUUGAGGGCAAGAUCGCAGACGACAUUAUCGACCGAUGGUCUAGUUUGAUGACAAGAGAUCUUGUGAGACGCGCAUCUACCCCUAUAAAUUCGUGGUUACUUCCUUCGGCUCACCCGUUGACCGAACGAGCCCGCCAAGAUGAUUCGGAGAAGGCAUUAGCUCCAGUCUCGAAGCCUGCCGACUGGGAACGCAGCAAGGCUCGUCAUCUACUGGUUCGCGAAAAAGAAGGACUCGGCGAAUCUCAUCCACUCACAAAUUGGAGUCUGUCCCAACCAGGGCAGCUUUAUGAUCGUAUGGAUCGACUUGUGACUCUCACACAACCGAAACGUGUUCUAGACUGCAUCGACAUCAAUCACUUGCGAGCGUUGAAAAAAGGUUAUGACUCGAGGUUCAAGAACCGUAUCCAUGAUCUCAGCCAGAACGUAGACCGAACCCAUAUCAACACUCCGUUUGGAAUAACUGGUUGCAUCACUCCUAACGGUAUACAUUGGGUAACAGACCAGUGCAGAAUUCUCUCUGGCUUUGAGAUGCUAGGCUUACAAGGACUACCACUCAACCGGCUCGAAUUCGCAACUGAGACCCAGGAAGAUCUUCGGAGUCUCGCUGGCAAUGCGAUGAGCACGACAGUGGUUGGUGCCGCCAUGGUGGCUGUCUUGAGAGCGAUCCAAGAAAGUUCCCGCAGUCUAAACGACGUCUUUCCUGUACCGCUGAAGAAGACCCAGGUGAAAAUCGAUCGGCAGGUCAUAGAUUCCAAAUUGGAAGAAUUUCCAAGCUUCAGCACAAUGACUGUUCGAUCUUUUCAGAUGUCAUCUUUAACAGAACUUUUGGGAAGAUGCCGAAGAUAUUGCUUUUGUAAUGGAUCGGCGAAGUAUAGUACUGAUGAUUUCCUGGAGUGUACAAUAUGUUCUACCAUUCGCUGCAAGUGGUGCGCUGGAAAUCCGCCACACAGCUUCGCCCCAACAAAGCGGCCCUCAAACUUCUUACUCUUAGGAGAAGUAGAGCAAGAGGUCAUGCAAUUCUUACCGAGCGUAAUUACGGAUCUAGUCGCCGUAGAGUACCUGGUACCGACUAAUCUUGCUCCAAGGACAGCCAUCACAGCUUAUCCUUCCAUUAUGAAGCAUCUCGCACAUACAACUUUUUACUACCAGAGCACCCACGUCACAGAGGUAGUGACCAGUGCAUAUGGGGAAGAGUUUCGAGAGCAGUUGGGUUUGGACCAUAUUCGGCUGGGCCAACCCAUCGCAAAGGCCACGAUCCAUGAAGACGCCCUUAGUAUCCUUCCCACGCCUGCUUCUUGGAAGUUCUGGCGUUUCAAAUCAGAACGGCUCCAAGUGGAAAUCAUGAAGACUGGUGGUACUCUACAGGUCAUGGCGAUUAAUGUAGAAAACCCUCUCGCACUUCCGGCGGACUUGCAGGAAGAUUUAUAUGCAGCUUGUGGGAAGUACUACCAUCAACCCGACUGUGACGCCCCCGAGAACAGUCUCCAUGUUCUUGAUGGAAGGAAGUUAUUUUUCUUCAAGGAGUCUACCCGAACUGGAACACCCGAUCGAGAUGGUUAUAUCAUUUCGGAAGAGUGUCGUUUAUUGGAAUCUCAUGAAUAUCGGGAGGUCCUACUUAAGUUCAAGGCCUGUGUGGACCUCCAGAAGCUAGACCCAGGUAAAGGAACUCUCGAUGCCCGAGUGGAUGGGUUUUGGGUGAGCUCACAGGCUAUAAACCACGGGCUUUCCUCCACUAUUGCAAGCCACAAACGCCUAGAGUGUUUCAAGGUUCCUAAUUCAAAGCGCUUCAUCAUUCGCGAAGAAGACCCGGAACAGCAGAUUCUAGCUGAAGCGCUAUUCACGAAAGAUAAACAUUGCGAUCAAUAUGGCAUCAUCAAUAAAUAUGAGUCUCUUAGCGGGAUUACAGGAAAUUGGGUCACGGUUGAAAAACUUGAGCUUCCUCAAUUUCAUGAUUUUGUUUCCCAUAUUAAUGUCAAGCUCGCAAGCCUUGGAUGUCUCGAGGUCAACUUUGAGAUAGUGGACAUCGACUCUUGGAUUAAGGCACUUGAAGAUUGGAGGACUAGGGUUGAUGUCCAGGACUCUCCUUUCGGACAGCUACCGCGAGCCCAAUGGCUCAAAGUCAGUUUUAAAGCUGGUGCCAAACGCAAAGUCGGUACUAGAUGGAUUCAACACCACCAUUCUGAUGCGAUGGCGGCAUUCGAAAGCCACGCGAAGAAACAAAUCCCACCCUUCGAAGUAAGGGUAAAGGUUCACCCAACCUUGUUGGAAGACGUACAGUUGGGAUACGAAGGCCAGUUCGUCGCCGCGGUACAAUACUUAAUCAAUCAUAAGACUCUUGGGCGUACAGCAGCAGCAUAUUUGCCACCAACUAAAAGCUCUACCGCCAAAUUAACUGCGUAUACCCGGGUCGAGCGCAAUGCUAUCCUGUCCGAGAACAUGCAAGUGAAUUCUGGCUCCGGGAAGCACAGCUUCGUGCCCUUCCGGGAGUCGUUAAAAAGCUUGGCAGAGUUUCCGCUUCCUGCAGACAUUCAGAUGAAAAUGUCUAUAAAAAUGAAAUCGUUCGGAACGAAGCUGAGCAAGUCCCAGUCGCGAUCUCUUGGUUGGACGCUUUGGCGUGAGAUAUGUGAGCCAGAAUUCACGGAACGAGAGAUCGAAGAGGAAAUUGUUCCCGAUCUUAAGCUCCGGCUUAUUGGUUGUGCUGAACGCAAAGCUUGUCACAAUGGAGGCAUACUUGCGGACGACGUCGGCUACGGAAAGACUAUUAUUAUGUUGGCACUCAUGCACUGCCAAGAGGAGUUUGACAAAACAGUGUCUUCACAGCUACGUACUACCAAGAACCCGUGCCGUAUGCAUCUAAAUGCUAGUCUUGUGUUGGUACCUUCACAUCUAGUCGAUCAGUGGGCUGAUGAAGCGGGAAAAUUUCUCCUCAUCAAGUCUACGGAAAUAGUCAAAAUUAAGGGACUCGGCGACCUGAAGGACACCGCAGCUUGGGGUACCCUUAAUAAGCUUCAAAAGGCGAGGCUUGUUAUUGUGAAUGUUGCAUGCAUUGCAAACAUUGAAUAUUACGAAAACCUUGCUAAGUUGGCAGGAUCUCUUAAUCCACCCUGCGUUAGGGAUAAUUUCAGAAAGGGUUCCAGCGCUGUUCCUCUCCAGUCUCGCGCCUUUGAAGAUUGGUAUGAGGAUGCAGCGUCUGCAGCUGGGGACUAUGCCGGAAAGCUGUUGAGAUUAUGCACAACAAACUACAGUGAUGGAAAGCUCAUGGCCCUGUAUCAUGAAAUUGAGGGCCGCCGAAACGCGCAUAGAAAAGUAUAUCAGGACUUCUCAAAGAACUAUGAAAGUUCGGUUAUAAACUCGGCUAUGCCAGUGCAGCCAGAAGCAUCUCAAAGAUUCAACUCACCUUGGGAGAUGAUUCCGUCCAAACCAACAAAAUUCACUCACGUGUUAGAAGCUUUUACCUUCGCUCGAGUAGUGUACGACGAAUUCUCCUACGAAGGAUUUCCAUCAACCCUUUUCGUCGCCAACUCGCAAGCCCAUUCGAAGUGGGUUCUAUCGGCAACGCCACCCACUAGAGACUUAGCAGCUAUAUGCUAUACCGCGAAGCACUUUAACGUUCACGUUGCACGACCAAUUCACCGCCGACAGGGGAUGCCUCGGAUCACUCAUGGCCCGGAGUUGGAGGAUAGAAGUAAUGCGGAAGAUUUACAGCUUCUCAAGUUCUCGUCAGACCAGACCAUUCGUGAGAGACACCAACAGGGAAUGAAGUUCCUGGAGCAUUUUGCGACUUCUAAUCCCCUCGACCAAGAUCUUUCUGGUGGAAUUGAGGUCGAAGAAAAAGUUGUGGUAUGCGAGAUGAGUCCUUACGAAUUCGUCCACUAUCACGACCUAGAGCAAGAUCUGCGGGCUCAUAACUUUGACGCGAAUAUGCUGCCAAGGGAAUCCCGUGUCUUCUUGCAACCUCUGGUUGGUGACGAAUGGGGUGCGGACGGGAAGCAAGUCGGCACCAGCGCAUUAAUUCACCGCUCUUCUCAGGGAAACUGGCACAGGGGAGAAUAUUCCACGUCAUGUCUUAUAGAACAGCGACGUUCUGUGCGCCUCAAUGCCCUUCGAGUUUUCAGAAUCACAGCCGAGAAAGCCAUCUGGCUCUCCAAGCGUAUCUGGGACAAUGAGAAGGAGAAGAAUUUCGUCAAUGGUAGAAAUGCCACCACUGAUAUCUAUAUGCUUCUUAGAGAUAUCUGGAGGAAAGAUCUCGCCGAAUGUGGUGGACUUGAUGCCUGGCGUGAGCUAUCACGCGAAAUCGUCAUCAAGAAGGGAAUGCAAUAUGAAGAAAUGGUGAAGGCUGUCGAGACAAGCCACCCUGACUUCUGCAUGAGCGAAGAGAGAUUUUUUAAUGCUCUCAACACAUUGACCUCAAACACGUGGAUUGACUAUUACCACUUGAAGUUCGAUGAUCUUAAAGCCAUAGACGAACAAGAAGCUACUGCUCUGCUACAGGACCUGAGUCGUGUCAACAAUGGCGAAGGUAUAGAUCUGAUGGGGGGCGACGUGAAAACCGCUCUAAGCAUACUUGUCGAAGAAGGCCAAGGACAAUAUAUGAGACCAAAGGAGACUAUAAAGUCGCUAGAGACGAGGGUCACAAAUGAACAAGUGGAUGCAGCCAAGAACAAGCCAGGCCUUGAAAGCCUAUGCCGUGCCGCAGGUCUCUCUUUCAAGACCUCUGCUAAGAAGAGCGAUCUCACGACACUCUUAAAGUCUUAUGUGAAGGGAGAGCUUGAAGAAUCCAAUUAUGUUGGAUACCUCAAAUGCGGGGCGAUGAAGAUUUAUAGGUAUCCCCUAAUCGGUGGAAUGACCAAGAUUCGAGGUGGGAAGUAUACCUUCACUGGAAAUGAUGUGAGCAACACGUCGAUUGAGUUGCGCAAGACUUUUGAGAAAGUCAUUUAUGCCAUCAGACAAGAGCGAAUUACCAAGAAUCUUAUGUCGGAUAAGAAGGAAAUGAACUGCGAUCUGUGCGGACAAAUGGUGCCCAGAGAAGAGCUACACAUCGUUUGCGAAUGUGGCCACCUACUUUGCAAAAAACAUCUCAACUCAGUUCAUUGUGGCGGAGAUGAUAGUGAGCGUUGCUCAUCUUUGCUGAAAGACGCAACUAUGUCAUUGAAGAUGGUCAACAACCCUCAGCGGCGUCUCGACCUCGGUGUUGGCACGCAGAAGGAUGCCCCGUGCCCUAAAAUCAGCUCCAAGUUCCAGAUGUUGGCCAACACAGCUAAAGCAAUUCCUGCUGGUGAGUUUGGUCUUGUAUUCUUUCAAUACAACAGCCAGCUCGAACAACUGAAGCACACACUGAGAAAAAAUGGAAUUGGAUUUUUCCAUCUCACUGAUUCCGAAGCCAAGUCUCUCAGUAAAAUGGACGAUCAAAUGAGGCCUCUUCGCAAAUUACAUAAUUUGAAAAGAUCCGACCUUCACAAUCGAUGCGACGAGCGUGGCCUUCAAUGGUCGGACAAAGAAAGUGACGAAGAAUUAAGAGGCAAGAUCAACGGCUGGAAGAAGCAGUUUGGAAACAGCGUAAAACAUCCUAAGCUUCGAAUCUUGCAGAUCAAUGAUGUUACGUCCGCAGGCUCGAACUUUCAAUAUGCCAAUCAUGUCAUGUUCAUAAGCCCCUUUGUGGUAGAGCUACAGGAGAACUACGAUUCCUGUAUGAAACAAGCGAUAGGCAGAUGCGUUCGUUAUGGGCAGAAGAAGACGGUGCAGGUUUACCACUUUGUCACCGCCAAUACCAUAGAGGUCGACAUCUUGGAGUUACGAACAAAGAGUCACGUCCUUGUUCGCCCCGGAAAAGCCAUUGGUAGACUCCGACCCGCUCCGCCGGUGGGCAAUGGGAUGAAGGAUCAUAGUCUUGCCCGUACUGGCGAAGAUACUCUCAUGUCUGAUGCGCCUGGAACUUCCCAGCCUGGUAAUGAUGAUUCCGACAUCACUAUGCCCGACCACAUUGAAGCUUCCGAUACCUCGGACAACUUAGAUGGAGAAGAGAGGAUCGGAUCAAACCUGACCACCCAGGAUAUUUGGAAAGCCAUGAAUGAACAGAACUGGCUGACCACGGUGGGCAUUGAGUACUAG